AUGUUUCCACAGCUGCUGGAGAGUGUUUGUUUACAGCCAGCAUUGCUUGCAUCUCUUCCACCUGUAGAGGCACGUGUUAGUAUUUGCGAAUUUGAGUAUCUGUAUACAUUCACUUUCCUACAAUUGAUUAUAAGCAAAAUAUUCGUGUUUGGAAUUUUCAAUGCCCCUCGCGUAUUAUUCUCUGUCGUUAACUUUAUGGAAUCGUACAUAGUUGCACAUGUUUUGAAUCUGGUAGAGCUUCACUCAACCCGGUCGAUGAAUUUUCACGUCUGA